AUGGAUAUGCUUCUCUUGGAUAGAGCUAAACAAGAGAAGGUGAACUUUGUUGGUGAGCAGAAACAAGAAGGGAUUGCUGUGCUUAAUGAAGUUGAUGGUCUAGAAGGUCAAGAAGAGCUUUGUUUUGUGAAUGCUAAUGGGACAUGGUACAAGAAGGAGCCUAACUUUCAACAAAAUUACUCUCAAGGUCUCCCCUCCAAAGAAAAUCAGUCUACACAAGGCCAAGACGGAUCUUCUACCUCUGCUCCACAAGAGAGUAGCACUGAUGCAAUGUUGAAACAGAUCUUGGAGUCCCAAACUAGAAGUGAGAAGCACAUUGGAUAUGAGCUGAAGAACCUUCACACCAAAGUUGAUGGAAGCUACAAUGACCUCAACAACAAGUUCCUACAACUCUCCUCUCACUUCAGGGCUUUGGAGAAUCAGUUUUUCUCUAUGCCUUCAACCUCCAAGAGCCCAAUGGGAUCUCUACCAGGAAAAUCAGAGCAGAAUCCCAAAGAGUAUUGCAAUGUUAUCCUCUCAACUACUUCUGAGAUUGAGUUGAGUGAUCAUGAGAAAGAGAAAGAUCAGAUUGAAAGACUCAUGUAUGGAACAGAAGUUGUUGCCAAGGCUGAAGCACAGAUUGUUGAGAAGGUUGAACAUAAGAUUGUGGGAUGGGUUGAGAUACAAACUGUAAAGAAGGUUGAGAGAAAGGUUUUGCAACCAGUUAGACACAAAAAUGAGAAACUGGUUAUUGGGAAAGCUGUCACGCAAUUGAAGGAGGUUCAGCUAGAAGAAGCUCCUGUGGUUGAGCAAUCACCUUAUGACAAGCUCCCAUUUCCACAAAGAUUCCUCACUAAAGCUCAAAAGAAGGUGAUCUCCAAGUUCAGAAAAGACAUGGGAGAUGUAGGAGUCAAGCUUCCACAGAUAUCAAAUAUGCAUGAUGCUCAUGUCCAAAUGAUGCUCAUCAAGGACAUUCUAGCUCACAAAGAAGAAGUAGGAGAGCUCCUAAACAUCUCUACUAUGCAGCUUGAUCCACCAGUCACACCAAAGUCUAUUCCAAAACUAGAAACCCAAGGGAAAUUCACCUUGUCUUGCUCCCUUAGUAAGUUUACACUUGAUGAUGCUCUUAGUCUUGGGAUUGAGAACAUGGAGCCAAACACAUCUUCAAUCAUGUUUGGAGACUCUUCUUCAACAACUUCAUUAGGUUUAAUCAAAGACUACCCUAUGAAGAUUAGAGACUGCAUCAUCCCUAUUGAUCUCACUGUUUUGAAGAUGGCAACUGAGAAGAGAGUCUCAUUGAUCCUUGGCACACCAUUUCUCACAACAGUAGGAGCUUGCAUUGACUUUGCCAACAAGAAGGUAACAUUCCUCAAUGUGAACAAAGCUGUCUCCUACCCAAUCAAGUCUCCAAUGAUGAAUUUUGAGUAUUGUGGAACCAUCACUUGUGGAGAACCUUCCAUUGAAAAGAUCAAGGAUGAAAUGGUUGUUAGUAGAAAAGAAUAUCUUGAUGGAGAGUCCUCUAAAGAGAUGUGUGAUGAGCACUUGGAAAGUGCUACAAAGGAAGAGGUGAGUAGAGCCACAAAGGCUGCUCAUGGCAAGAAGAAGAUGAUGAAAGAACCUCACCCUUCACCUCUUGAUAUGAUGCCACACGCUCUCACUCUUCACCCAAUGAAGUUCAAGGAUGGAGCUAUUGAGUACAAGAUCAAAUGCAAGGGAAAGUCUACACCAUUCUCAAGUGCAAAGGCCAUCAUCACUCCACAUCUCCAAGAUGAUCCAAUCAAGCUUCAAGAGCUUCUCUCUCAAGUCCUCACCAUCAGUCUUGAAGGUGGGAAAGAUCCUCCUCUUCAUUAG